AUUUGGAUCAGUUCGAUUGCGAAUAUACGGAAAAAUGGUAUCAGAUAGUGAGACAAAUUUCAUACCCUGCUGCAACAAUAGAAUCAGCGAUACGAAGCAAAUUAUGUCCGUCUCAAGCUUGAGCCAAAGUAGCGAUGAUAACAGUGGAUGUGUUGCAACAUCAACAGAUAACUCCUUUAAUAUAGUCAUAUUUAAUUGGGUAGAAAAUUACGAUGAUCAAAUUGAGGCGUUAAAAGUGGCAAUGGCAACACUUCAGAAUAAAGUGAAAAUUUAUAAUCAUUUGUCUGAGCAGGAAUUAGUCAAAGUCGUGGAUAGCUUAACUCACACCAGUUUUGAUCUCUACAAAUAUAUUGCUAUCAUCAUUUUGGACAAUAAAUGUGAAUAUGAACAAUUUAUUCAAACAUCCGAUAAAAAAAAUGUGCUUUUAUAUUCCGAAAUUAUUACCAAAAUUGAAACAAAUCCCUCAUUAUAUAAUACGCGUCGUUUAUUUGUUAUACAAAAGCUGUUGGAUGUUAGAGAUAUGGAUGAUAAAGAAUUGAAUAAAAUCUCCGAAAUGAUAAAUAAACGUAAAAUGGAAAUGGAAACUCAAACCCAAACACCAAAAUCAAAAACUCUGAAUUUCGGUUUGUCUAUAACAAUUAGAGCCAAUGAAAUGAAUGAAAAUUUUAAGGAGAGUCCAUUUUUGCAAGUAUUUUCUCAAAAAUUUCAAGAACAAGCUGAAACAGUGGAAAUAACUAAGAUUGCAAAUGCAAUUAGAAAGGAAAUUAAAGAAAUAAGGAGAUACAACAUCGAUAUUGUGACGGGAAGUAAUGAAUUCAGUAAUAGUGAACUAAUAUUUGGACAAGGCAUAAGUCCUGAAGUGUUAAGAGACUUUUAUUAAAGCACAAAAUAAAUGAAUUUCUAAAUUAAUACUAAAGUUAUUUUUAUAUCACAAUACUGAGUAUUAAUACAUUUUAAAAUUAAAAUAAAAAAACAGUUUAAACAAAA